CAUACGUCGCGCGUAUAUGUAAAGAUGCCUGGGGAAUUGUAAUCAAAAAUCGCCCUUUCCCAGACUCGGUAUACUUCUCCAAGUAUUCAACCAUUGGAUGACAGAAAAAUGCUUUUAUAAUGUGAUUCAUUAGGUUCGGAAUAAGAUCGUCUAUCAAAGGCAUUGGGUACGGUUGCAUCAAUUUUGAUUGCGCAGUUCAAAAUCAUGAGGAUACUUUAUUCGUAAAGUCAUUCAGUCUUUUCUCCUAUCUCUAGGUUAAUAAGAUACCGUUGUACAGUGCAGUGCUUCUCUAGUUUAUUUCCAACGAUGGCUAUGAGGGUAGUGUCUCGUUACUUCGGCUAGGCUACAACCGAUAAAGCCAGAAACGUUUCCGCCCAGUGUCCUUGCAGCAGUGCAUUUACCAUCGGCCAGGGUUAUCAGAUCUGCGGUGCAAGAAGAAAACCUUGACACCUGCACGAUCAGACGGUAGACAAGGUGGUAUAUAGUUCUCGUUUGGAGGUUUAUCCAGAGUUCUGCACGAGUGGUCAAAAGCUGUCUGCCUUUCCAUUGACAGUUCUCGAGUGUCGCGGAUGCACGUGGAUUGGACAAAUUUUUGGAUAUUGGUGCGCGAUUUCUCUCGAAUCAAAGAUUCACCGCGGAAAUGAGGAUCUAUUUCUUUAUUCAACUUCUUCUGGUCUUAUGCACGAUUUGUCAAUCCCAGCGGACGGCUCUGGAUGACAAUAUUGGAGUGUACCGGAAUGUUCGUGAAUUUGCUCUGAAUAUCAUAGGAAGAACGAGUACUCCAGGAGGAUGGCAAUUGGCCCGAGCAAGAGAUCAACGAAAAUUACAAAACAUCGUCAGUCCGAGCAUUCCGUUUCCUUGCGCACUUACAAAUACAAGAUCCCCCGCGCCUCCGACGUCUGUUCACAAGUUGAGGCCAGGUGACAUAGACGUAAUUGCAGCAAUGGGGGACUCCUUGACGGCGGGUUUUGGGGCAGUAGCAACGCAGAUUCCUCACGUUGUCGUUGAAAAUCGUGGUGUAUCCUGGUCCGGUGGAGGCCAAUCAAGCUGGAGAGAAUAUCUGACACUUCCGAACAUUAUAAAGGUUUUCAACCCGAAUCUCAUCGGUUACGCGCUCUCCGAUUCAUUCACAACUCACAAGGAAUCCCAACUGAAUGUAGCCGAAGGCUUCGCAAUGUCCGCCGAUAUGCCCUUCAUGGCACAGGUUUUAAUCAAGCGAAUUAAGCACGAUCCAAGGAUUAACUUGAAGACGCAUUGGAAAAUGAUCAGCUUAUUGAUCGGUCCAAAUGAUUUCUGCUCCGAAAUGUGUUACCAAAGUUCACCUUCGUCCAUAUUAGCGAAACAUCGAUCAGACCUUAUAACGGUGUUUCGAAUACUCAGAGACAACUUACCCAGAACUAUAGUGGCGUUGAUACCUCCGCCAAACUUGAAAGUAUUGGUAGAAUUUACUAAACGACAACCAAUCUGCGAUAUAGCGGUCGAUGUGGAAUGCAGCUGUUUGUUUGGUCUAAGGUGGCAGUGGCGAAAGAAAGAAUUCUACGCAAUCAUGCGCGAAUGGCAAAAGAUUGAGGAGGAAGUUGCGACGCUUCCGGAAUUUCAAAGGGAAGACUUCGCAAUCGUACUUCAGCCUUUUACAACAAAUAUAUCGUUUCCGGUAACAACGUCCGGGUUGACAGAUUUCACUUACUCAUCUGCAGACUGUUUUCACCUCAGUCAAAAAGGUUACGCCAGAGCUGCGAAUGCACUCUGGAACAACCUGAUGGAACCCGUUGGGCGGAAGUCCAGAAAUUGGCAGAAUAUCUUCGAAAGAUUUUUGUGUCCGACAUCAAAGAGGCCCUACAUAUCAACGAUGAAAAAUAGUAUAUCUUAACAAAUUGACUUCACAUGUCGAUUGCUAGAGAUAAAAAUCAAAAUAUUGUUCACGAGAGAUCAGCCGCGACAAUUGAAUGUGAUGAUUAGCCAUAUUUGUCAUAUGUGUAUUGACGUACGAUUCUGUUGCCAUUUACCGAUCGCAUUCAUACUCGCCUUAACUUUAUUUAUGGAUUACUUCCUCCUAUUGUUAUUUAUUACCGAGUACUCUUUAAGUUUGGUACUGUAAUAUUAUAUUCAUAGAGUGACGUGACUUAGAUACGUGGAAACUGGUUUACUUAUUGUUUUCAAGGAUCACAAUCAACAGCUUUAAUUGCAACACAGUUUAUUCAUUAGUUCAGCUGCUCAAAUCAAUAUCAAAAGAUCAGCUGCUUUUCCCCGAAAAAAGAAUGCCGAUUCAGUGGAAAUAUUACUAAGCAUGGGUUAUACUCGCAACUCGAUAUAGAUGGAUAACGUAGCAAAAGUAUGCGAUAAGUGGAAGUGUUGCGAUACGAUAGGUUAAAUUUUAACUUUAAAUUAAAAAAUUUAAUUAUGAAUCCUAUUUAGUUAAAGUAUACCACAAGAAUAAAUUAUUGUUACGUCGUGUUAAAAUAUAAGACACUUAUUUGUGUUUGAAUGGCUGACAACGAACUGAAUAUUCAUUCAUCCAACCCUACCAAUAAUCCAGACCGUUUCAAUUAUGUCUAUUCUAAAUUUCAUUUUUAUGAAUUUUUGUGCUUAUUUGUAUAAUCAAUACUUGUAGUGCGGAAACUAAG